GCCGUAGCAGCUUGCGAUUGAAAUAUUUUAUGAACUUACUUUGAAUGUAUCAUAAAAGUGUACCUGUUCUUUAAAACUACCUUAAGGAUGCGUUUCCAUUUUUUUUUCCAUUUCCACCUGUAGCAGGCAUUGAAGAUUUUUCCAGUCAACUCAAACGAAUUCAAGACAACUGCGAUCGUGUCAAACUCGGAAACUUGGAUUGAACUCGAGCAGUUUUAAGGAUCGAGACUUGGCUUGAUGAGAGGAAAACCCGCGAGACGCGAGUGCUUCCUCUGACAAUUAUCAUGGGCACCAUGUGCCCCUCGCUGUGCGCGUAAUUGCUGCUGUGAGGAACUACACAUUAUGAGACGCCAUGGCAUGGUGUGAUCGAAGGGUUCAGACUUUGCUGGCCGUUGUGGGGGCCUUCGUCGCCUUCAGUCUCAUGACCAUCGCCAUCGGCACCGACUACUGGCUUUACUCCCGGGCGUACAUCUGCAACGCCACUAAUGCCUCCGCGGACGACUCCCAGAUGCAAACCAAGAAAGUCAAAGGCGACCUGACGCACUCCGGGCUGUGGAGGAUCUGCUGUAUCGAAGGAAUAAACAAAGGAAGUUGUUUUCGGAUCAAUCAUUUUCCAGAGGAUAACGACUACGAUACAGACAGCUCAGAGUACAUCUUACGUAUAGUGCGCGCAUCAAGUCUAUUCCCCAUUCUCAGCACCGUUCUGCUGAUGUUGGGUGGCCUGUGUGUGGGGGUUGGACGCAUCUACAACAACAAGAACAACAUUCUGCUCAGUGCUGGCAUCCUGUUUGUGGCUGCAGGCCUGAGCAACAUCAUCGGAAUCAUUGUCUACAUCUCCAGUAACGCCGGGGAUCCCAGUGACAAGAAAGACGAGGACAAGAAGAACCACUACAACUACGGCUGGUCCUUUUACUUUGGCGCUCUCUCCUUCAUUGUGGCUGAAUCAGUGGGUGUUCUCGCAGUCAACAUAUAUAUCGAGAAAAACAAAGAGACACGCUUCCUAGCCCGAAGUGACUUCAUCAAAACCACCUCCUCCUCUUCGCCUUACUCUCGGAUCCCUAGUUACCGCUACAGACGAAGGCGCUCACGCUCCAGUUCGAGAUCGAGUGACCCAUCCCGGGAGCCCUCUCCAGUGGGGAGGAAGAUCGGUGGAGGAAGCGGUGGAGGAGGGUUGGGUAUGGGCUUGCCAAUGGGGGAUAUAUCCCUGUACGCCCUUAGUAGGGACCCUCUGAAGGGCGGAAGUGUGACUGCAGGGCCUUACAGUCCAGAGAGGGACUCUGGGUUUUUACAAGUCCACAACUGCUUCCAGAAAGAUAUGAAAGAUGGAGUGAACAGGAGGACCACGCCGGUAUGAGAAAAGUGCCAAUCUGUGUUUCAUUUGAAGGAAGAGGGAAGGUGAUAUCAAAACAACUUUUCAUCAUAUGACUCAGUAUCUCUAAGGGGAAUGCAGACAUUUUGUAGCAAAAGUUACAAGAACAAGAGUUUAAUUGGAAAUUGUGAUACCCACUAUUUGUGAGUUACGUCUUACAGAAAGUCUGAAAUAUGUCGUACAUGUUCUGGUAUUCUUUAAAGGAUAAUUGCCUGAUAAAAGAAUUAAGCUUUUAUAGACUUGAUGCUCAAUAUAAUAAAGAUUCUGAAUAUUGAACUUCAGGUAAUGUUUUUCUGCUAAAAUAGAUGUGUAGUGUUUUGGAAAUGUUUCUUUUAAAAGGAGACAAAUAGAUAUUUGUCUCCAAAAUGAAAUGCUAAAAUGAAGUGAUUCAUGUGAUUGAGCAUUAUUGUAUUGUAUUUGUUUGUAACUUUAACACAACUGGUGCUAACUUAAUCUGUACACUUUUGAUAGUCUUAAGCCUUCUCAACUGCCAUUCAAAUACUUCUACUGUAUCUCAAUAACCUCUUUUUUAAGCUUGUGUUUGAGUCAGGGGAUAAAUAUGUGUGUUACGGUAUGUGAAAUGUAUUAUGGCUCUGAAACACUCCCACACUAUGACACAUAUGUAUUUCUGUAGAUAUAUAUCAACAAAGGUACACAGCAAUGUCAAUACAUUCUAGUGUGAUUUAUCUUGUGUCUAUUAUUUCAGUAUUUCUGUACUCUUCUGUGCUGCCCCAUAUUUUGACAACAAGAAACAGGACAGAUGACACAUAUUUUACAACCAACAAGCACAUUGUGUUAUAUGGUUUGAUUUAGUUCUUUAAUGUUUCUGUGAAUCUGCUUAAAGUUGAGUGUUCUGUGUUAACAAAUUGAGCAAGUGUUUGAUUGGAUUAUUUAGUUUUAUCUUUCCAAAUGGGUAAUAUUAAAAUAAAAUGUUUAUAGUGUUAUGUGACAUGAAGUGUAGAGAGGUCACCCAGGAGUGACAUGGUGGAUGUGCAUGUGGACCGUGGAAGAGUUUGUGAGUUGUUGUAUCAGCUCUGUGAAGGACUUUCUGUAUUACUUGGGUUUUAGAAUUGCAAGUCGCAAAUCAUGAAAAUGUGUCGUUCCACUGUCCGGUGUUAUGUUAAGAUUUCCCCCAAGAGCAAUUGUACUUGCGGCAAGGAAAAACGUCUUUUAAACAGGCAGAAACCACAAACAGAACAUGGCUCUAGGUGGGCGGCUAUCUGCCUCGGCUGGUUGGGGGAGAGGGAGGGAGAUGCAUUGCAACUCCAAUAAUACCUAAUUAUAAUAAAUAUAGAACUGUGACUCAAUAAUAUAGCAGUGGGUAUAAUGGAAUGACAUGAUGAACAGUGGCAUUAUAGUAACACUAAAGAUCGUAGAACUAUGACUAAUAAUAAUAACAGUAGCAAUGGGCAUUAAGCAGGACCACAAUGCACACAGAUGGAGAGAGAGAGAGAGAGGUGGAGAGAGGAGCUCAGUGGGUCAUAAGAAGUCCCCUGAUAGUCUAAACCUAGAGCAGCAUUACUAAGAGUUGGUCAAAGGCAAAACUAAGCCAACCCUAACUAUAAGCGUUAUCAAAGAGGAGCCAAUCAUUUUGUAUAUAUAAGGAAUGAAUCAUGAUGGAAGUUAUUGAUGUUUAUUUGCUCCUUAGCUUCUUUCAGCUGGUCAAAGGUCAUUAACAACUCACCACUGAAUAGGUGCCCUGGCUUACCCUCUCCUUCCAUGCUG